GUGCGCUCCACUCAGUCACACUUAGUGUUUGGAAUAUGGCGGAUAGCGCUAGUGAGAGUGAUACAGAUGGGGCGGGUAGCAGCAGUAGCUCGGCGGCAUUGCCAUCCUCGUCUUCUGGCAAGUCGGGGAUUGUCAUCUCUCCCUUUCGAUUGGAGGAGCUGACAAACAGGCUUGCAUCCCUACAGCAGGAAAACAAAGUGUUGAAAAUUGAAUUGGAAACGUACAAAUUGAAAUGUAAGGCGCUGCAGGAGGAGAACAGGGAUCUGCGCAAAGCCAGCGUCACCAUUCAAGCGAGGGCAGAACAAGAAGAAGAAUUUAUAAGCAACACACUGUUUAAGAAGAUACAAGCACUGCAGAAAGAGAAAGAAACUCUUGCUGUAAAUUAUGAGAAGGAAGAAGAAUUUCUAACUAAUGAACUCUCCCGUAAACUUAUGCAGUUACAGCAUGAGAAGGCUGAACUUGAACAGCAUCUUGAACAAGAACAAGAGUUUCAAGUGAACAAACUGAUGAAGAAAAUUAAGAGACUGGAAAAUGACACCAUUUCUAAGCAGCUCACGUUGGAGCAGUUAAGACGAGAGAAGAUAGACCUUGAAAAUACGUUAGAACAAGAACAAGAAGCACUAGUGAACCGUUUGUGGAAAAGGAUGGAUAAACUUGAAGCAGAAAAGCGAAUUUUGCAGGAAAAAUUAGACCAGCCAGUGUCUGCGCCUCCAUCACCUCGAGACAUAUCAAUGGAAAUAGACUCACCAGAAAACAUGAUGCGACAUAUCAGGUUUUUAAAGAAUGAAGUAGAAAGGCUAAAGAAACAACUGCGGGCUGCUCAACUACAACAUUCUGAAAAAAUGGCUCAGUAUUUAGAAGAAGAAAGGCACAUGAGAGAAGAGAAUUUGCGUCUCCAAAGAAAAUUGCAGAGAGAAAUGGAGAGGCGAGAGGCACUGUGCAGGCAGUUAUCAGAAAGUGAAUCUAGUUUAGAAAUGGAUGAUGAAAGGUAUUUUAAUGAGAUGUCUGCACAAGGACUGCGACCACGUACUGUUUCUAGUCCAAUACCUUAUACACCAUCCCCGAGUUCCAGUAGACCUAUUUCCCCUGGUCUCUCAUACCCAAGUCACACAGUGGGUUUUACACCACCAGCAACUCUAACAAGAGCUGGAGUAUCAUACUAUAACUCUACAGGUCUUCAUGUACAGCAUAUGGGACCUUCACACGGUAUCCCAAGACCCUCACCACGGAGAAGCAACAGCCCAGACAAAUUCAAACGCCCUACUCCUCCACCUUCACCCAAUACCCCAGUUCAGCCACCACCACCCCCACCACCACCUGUGCAGCCUUCAAUGCAGUCAAUGUCAUCCCAGCCUGCUACUUCACAGCACUCUGCUCAUCCUCAUCCUCCGCCACCACCUCAGCCAUAAUGUAUUUGUCUACCAGCAUCUACAGUACAUUGAGUGGACUUGUGAUACAGAGUGGUUUACUACAAGCCAAAGGCUUAACUGGCUUAUUUCAAUUUGACUUAUUUGCACUGAGGUUAUAUAGGCUUCACUGUUAACUGUGUUGUGUAUGUUUGUCUAAAACACAGCCACUGUUUGGGGUCUACAACACUAACUUACCAACAGAAUUUCUGUCCAUGUUUACUGGAACUUGUGUGUGUCCCCAGCUGGAUCAGUGUAUCAUUCAAUAUUCAGCAGUAUGUUGUCACAAAAUGUAUGUGUUGCUGCUCCUAAAAGCUACAUUUCUUGGCUUUUUAGGCUUGUAAAAGUGAAACAAAGGGAAUCCUGUUUGUUUUUUUUUCUCCGUGACAAUUUUGCUGAAAUUCAUUGUCAUGAAUGCUGUAUUUACACUUUGGUUUUGUAAGUAUAAUGUUUGUCAGGCAUAUGCAAAAUCAUCACUACAUUUCAGUUUCUGCAUGAAGGUAUAGUUUAGGUACAGAAAGCCAAAAAUACAUUAAUCAGUGCCUGUGAAAUACUAAUGUAUAGUCUCCAGUUAAAAAUAGUUUACUGUUACAGGUUCAGUAUUUAGCAUAUUUGUUACAUAUCUUGACGAUUCCUUCCUGCUUAAGUGUUGCACAUAGUGUAACAGAUGGUACUAACUGGAAAAUAGCAGGGGAAAUGUAAUUCAAGCUGAUCUUCAGAUCCGUUACUGGUAUGACUCUUUAGCCUGUAACUUCUGCUUAUUACUUAUAUGUUGGUCAUGUUUAGUUUUUUCUGGAUUGACCAUUCUUUCAAUGACUACAGGAUGCUUUUGGGUGGCUGUUGUUCAGUACAAUGUGCUGUUAUAAUUUGUUUUUGCUUAAGAAGGCAAUGACUUUCUAAGGAACAGCUGCAUUUAGUGACAUUUUAUAAUUUGUAAAUUCUACUGGAUGAAAAAUGUGAGUUAAAAACACAUUUUAAAUCUAAAAGACUGAACAAAUGAUUCAAGCAAGCAUUUUUAAAUAUCUUGAUGUACAUUUGUAAAGUGGAGCAUAUGCUGUUGAGAAUGUUCUGGCUUUUCUGGUUGGCAGUAUGGUCUAGUAUGCUGUAUUGCUUGUUGGAACAAAUCACAGGAAAUGUAGAACAGCUUGGCACUAAUAAAUGCUUAGAUUGUAAAAUAAGGCGGUACAGUGUAUGAAGAAGAAAAAAAAUCUGACCCACCCUUCAAUUCAUUCAUCACAAAUAAAAUAGUUUCACUUUGAGGUGGAACUUUGUAGUA